AGUCAAGUAUUAAUAGUGGGAAGGAGAGUGUACACUUCACUGGAGGGCUGUCAGGCACAGCAGCUCGCACCCCACACCAGCCUAAAGGUCGCUCAGGAGUGCGGGUGGGGUUGGUGCUGUGGCGAUGGAGCAGAGCGAGCUGAGGUGCCGCCCCCGGGCGCCCCAGGUGGACAGCGAGGUUCUGAGCGAGGCUGAGCUAGAGGAGAUUGCACCGAGAACCCAGGCUCCGCAGCCCUCUCUCUGCCGCAGGGUCUGGGACGUAAGGUGCUCAUGUGCCGCUGCCAAGUCCAUUCUCUUCCGGUUCCUGCCGGUCCUGAGCUGGCUACCCCGGUACCCAGUCAAGGACUGGGUCCUCGGUGAUAUUGCCUCGGGGUUCAAUGUGGGAAUCAUGCACCUCCCCCAGGGUUUGGCCUAUGCACUCCUGGCAGGGGUGCCUCCCGUCACCGGCCUCUAUUCAUCCUUAUAUCCUGUCAUCCUGUACUUCCUGUUUGGGACAUCUAGGCACAUCUCAGUGGGCCCCUUCGCUGUCAUCUCCGUCAUGAUCGGCAGCGUGACGGGCUCGCUGAUGCCCAACAGCAACUUCAUGGAUCCAGUCAAUGGCACAAAUGAGACAGUCCUCAACGAGGCAAGGAGAGACAGCGCCAGGGUGGAACUAGUGGCUACACUCACCAUCCUGGUGGGCGUCUUCCAGAUAGCCCUGAGAAUGCUGCAGUUCGGAUUUGUGGUCACCUACCUGUCCGAGCCCUUGGUGCGGGGCUACACCACAGCUGCUGCCAUCCAUGUGCUGGUCUCCCAGCUGAAGUACGUGUUUGGGGUGGAGGUGGCUGAGCACUCAAGGCCAUUAUCCAUGUUCACUGCCUUCAUUGAGAUCUGCACCAAGCUGCCACAAACCAACGUGAGCACCCUGGUCACUAGCCUGAUCGCCAUGGUCAUCAUCCUCCCUGUCAAGAUGCUCAGUGACAAGUUCGCCUCCAAGCUCCCCAUGCCCAUCCCCAUAGAAUUCAUCGUGAUAGUCAUCUCCACAGGGAUCUCCUAUGGAGCCGGAUUGAAGGCCAAGUUUGGGAUUGCUGUUGUGGGCAACAUCCCCAGUGGGAUGAAACCACCAGUGGCUCCCAAUGUCAGCUACUUUGGGCAGGUGGUGGGCAAUGCCUUUGCCAUCGCUGUGGUGGGCUAUGCCAUCAGCAUCUCCAUGGGCAAGAUCUUUGCCCUGAAGCACGGCUACAAGCUGAACAGUAACCAGGAGCUGUUCGCCUUGGGGAUUUGUAAUUUCGUGGGCGGAUUUUUCCAGUGCUUCAGCAUCAGCUGCUCCAUGUCCCGGACCCUGGUGCAGGAGGCCACUGGAGGAAACAGUCAGGUGGCCGGGGUUAUCGCCUCACUUCUCAUCUUAGUGAUCAUUUUGAAGGUUGGGCAGCUCUUCCAAGACCUACCCAAAGCCAUCUUAGCUGCCAUCGUCAUUGUGAACCUGAAGGGCAUGUUCAAGCAGUUCACAGACCUCCGCAUGCUAUGGAGGUCCAAUCGCAUAGAUCUGCUCAUCUGGCUCGUGACCUUUGUGGCCACCCUCCUGCUGAACCUAGACAUGGGGCUGGGGCUCUCUGUGGCAUUUGCCCUGCUCACAGUCAUCUUCCGGACCCAGCUGCCCCACUACUCCAUCCUGGGGAAGGUUUCCAACACAGACAUCUACAGAGACGUGGUGGAAUAUAACAAGACUGAGGAAAUUCCAGGUGUGAAGAUUUUCCGCUCUUCUGCCACAGUGUAUUUUGCCAACGCUGAGCUGUAUGCAGAGGCCCUGAAGGAGAAGAGUGGCAUUAAUGUUGAUCAUCUCAUUGGGAAGAAGAAGAAAGCCCUCAAGAAACAGAAGAAGCAGCAGGAGAAGGACAAGAAGGAAGAGGCAAAGAAGAAAAAGGUUCAUCUCUGCCAAAUGCUUCCUUCUGGGGUUCCCUCCAGCUGCUGGUGUUCCCCACAGGAGCUGGGGAGUCACUGCAAUGGAUCUGGCCCUGCAGUGGUUGACUCCAAUGGAAGCGUGAUAGAGUUGGAGCUCCAAGCCAGCAGCACCCCAAAAGCCUUCAAUGAACCCACCCUGGAGUCUUUAGGUCUCAAAAAGCCCGACCUCCACUCCCUCAUACUGGACUUCACCCCCAUCAACUUUGUGGAUACUGUCUGCAUAAAGAUCCUAAAGAACAUAUUCAGAGAUUUCCGGGAGAUAGAAGUGGAUGUGUUUCUUGUUGGCUGCCAUGCUUCUGUCAUUGACCAGCUGGAAAAAGGCAACUUCUUCAGCCAAACCAUCACCAAGCACCACCUCUUUGCCUCCGUGCAUGAUGCUAUUACCUAUGUCACCAGGGGACAGGGACAGAACAUGCCACAGCCGGUCACAACUUAUUCCAGCACUAAACUGUAGCCACCAGAAACAGCAUCUACUGUCCACAGGAGCUGAACAGGUGAGAGGGAGCCACCAAGGCAUGUCUCCAGAGGACUCUUUGAGCGGGCUGGUUUUUACAAGGGCAGGUGACAUGGGAUUCCCUGCCACUGGGAAUCUAGCAAACACAAGAUCUCCUACUGUUGAGGAUCUGCUUUGGGCACUGGAGUCCUGAGAUCAUCUGCCCUUGGGACCCCCCUUAGCUACUGGACAAACUGGGAAUCUAUCUCAAAGAUGAAAUCUCCUUCUGCUGGGAAUCUUCUCCAGAUACAAAAGAUCUGGGAUCUCAUGGGCUUAUGAAUCCACUUCACACACAAGAUUUUCUGCCCCUGUGAAUCCCCUCAGACCCAGGAACCAUCUCUGAUUGUGUCUGUGUGCGUGUGCGGCUCUUUCCCUUGAGUGAUGGUGUCCCUAGUCUCUGUUUGCCAGAAGCUGGGAAUGAG